AUGAAAGAAACUCACUCUUUGUCUCAUUCUGAUGCGCCAUCUUCACAACAGUCAUCCGGAUUAGCCAGGGUUAAUGAACAUCCCUCUUACGAACGUGCCAUUCCUCAAGAACUUCCAUCCCAUGCUACCGUCAUUGCCAUGAUAAUAUCUUGGUCUGCAAAGAAAUCCUUUGCCUUUGUCAAAGAAAUCAUAAUCCCGUGCUUUACUGUAAAUGUUUUAUUUCUUUGUCCAUUUGUACUGGGUACUUCCAAUAAAAUUUUUCAUCCCAAAUAUAACAAGCUUGCCGAGCAAGAAGUAGCUGAGGAUAUAGAAUAG